ACUUUGCUUCAUAGCUUCUUACUGUAGGUAGAAUCAGGUCUCAAUAUAUUUGACUCCGUCAGACGCUAUCAAGAUGCGCCCUUUUUGGCGCCAAUCUUUGUUACUUUUUAUGCUAAUCACAGCAUUUUCUGAUGCAGCUCGAGUUUUUAACUUUCAACCUGGACUUGACUAUCAAUACGAAGUUCAAACAGCUACAGAUUUAACUAAUGUAGGAAGAAUGAAUGCAAAAUCUAAGGUUGGUUUUCAAUGGAUUAGAGAAACAGAAGAUAGACAACACGAGAUAUACCUUCGGGUGAGGUCUUAUUCAAUGACUUUUAAAAGUCAUACAGUGUCGGAUGACGAGAUGGACAUUGAAUUUGAUAAUUGGUUUUCAUUUAUCAUGGAUCAAAAUGGUGAUGUUUCACUGGUGAAAUACCAGAAGCAUGAUGACAUGAAGCCAGUUAAUAUCAAGAAGGCAUUGGCUGGAAUCAUCGCAACCAGACUUCAUCAUGAAGACUUUCAAAUUCCAGCUGGGUCAUCUAGUUGGUCAUUUAAGUCGACUGAACGUGACCAUACAGGUCAUCACCAUGCUAAUUAUACAGUGUUUCAGAACGAGCAAGGCGAUAUUCAUAUUCGUAAACGAAGAACAGCUCACGUUCAUCCGCAAAAAAUCAACUUUUUUCACAACAAGGAAAUCAAUAUCAAAUCCGGACAGACAGUUCCUCACUUGAUACAAAUAAAUGAGGAAGUUCCACUCGGUGGACGAGACCUAAGCGAGGGAGCUGGUACGAUGAAUUUUGAGCCUUUAGAAAAACCAAAACAUAUCAACGGUGAAAAGGAACCAUUGCCUGAUAUGAGUGUUUAUGCUGAUAGUCAAAUGCGAUUUUUAACAUCCUUACCAAUGUCAGUGCCUCCAAGACCAGAUGACCUUAUUGACGAUACAAUAGAAGUCGGAACGGAUUUUAAUUUUCACGAAGAUCCUGUGGUUGAGGAAGAGGUCAUGCAACAUAUCAGAGGAAAUCUGACCUGCCUUCGAGAAGGCGAUCUUGAUGAACUUACUAAUAAGAUCAACAUCUGCUACGGUGGACUUAUUUCGGCUUUGGAAAAAUUACCAUACGAAACGGCAAAGGAUCUUGCUCAUAAAUAUUUCAGCAAGCCUUUAAGGAAUGAUCAGGACGUGAUGGACCGUGGCUUUAUAUUGGAUGCCUUUACGGGGGUUCGAUCUAACUACAAUCAAGAACUUCUAACUGAACUUCUUUUUAACUCACGAACUCCAAAUGCUGCGCUAAUGAUUCGUUUUCUGGAACACAUACCAUUUUUCCAAACUAUAAAGUCACAGAAACUGAUCGAUGCUGUUGAAAGGUUAGCAAUCACAAAAUCGGAAUAUAAAGGUACACGUGAGGAAGUACGAUUACGAGAAUUGGCUACUUUCAUAAGCGGUGCAAUUGUCAAGAUUUUACAAGAUGAAGGGCGCCAUGAUGAGGCAGAAAAAGUAGUUGAGACACUUCAUAAGAAAGUUGGAGUAUUUGAUGCAUGGCACCAUCGUCGAAGAAGGUCGACAAUGUCUCCUGAUUCAUUGGAAAGAUAUGAAAGAGAUGUUGUGAUAUUACUUGGUGCUUUGGGAAAUGGUGCACAUCCAACAUCUGCCGAUUACAUUUUGAGCUUUACAAAUUCAAGCGAAGCACCUAAACAUUUUCAGGAAUCUGGGUUGUAUGCCCUUCGUCAUUUCCAUACACAACAGGCUGCUGAUGCCCUUGUUAAUGCUUGGAAGACAGAAAAGAACAGAAAUUAUAAAAAAGCCUUUAAGAAGUUAUGUGAGGAGAAUCCUGCAGCAUACAAUCUAGCAGUCUUAACUGAGCCCAAUUUUAAUGGUAGUGUUGUCGAGAUACAGCCAGGUCAGUCUCAUAAUGAGACGGUGACUACUCAUAACAGAGGUAAACGGUUCAUAAGAGAAGCAGUAGAUUUGUUAAUACCAGAACUAGAUCAUUUAACGGAUCGCAGUGAAGGGGACAAAUUUAUUGGCGGGAAUUACGGCGGCACGUCAAGCAGCAUCAUGAAUAUAAUUUCAGAUCCACAAGAAACUAGAGCAAUCCAUGAUUUCUCUCUAUACGGAGCAUUCAAAUUUCUACUCAGAAUGUUUUCACCAUUCGAAAAUUUUCGAGCCGCCUACCAGGAAUCCCACCUGCAUUUACUGUCAUUAUACACAAUGAAUGUGUUAGAGGAUUAUGGAUUAGAUAUUUUGCCAAAAGCCAUCAAGCAACUCGAUGCAUUACUAACGUAUCUUAUACAGGGACUGCGUAAUGCACUCAACGCAGUCAUUGAGGUUUUGAACCUUGGACUUGACCAAGAUAUUUUGACCCUUGUUAUCAGAUAUAAAGCUUUGAUGAGAGAUAUAUCGAAAAUGUCAACUGUUCAAAUUUUAGAUGAACUGGGAAUCAUAAACCUUGAGAAUGUUCCAAUUGAAAUUAGAAAUGCAGUUUAUUUGGUACGAAAUGGUGAUCAACUGGUUGCAGAUACUAAAGCAGACAUCAUUUCAUUCCUUGAGGAAUAUAUGGGCGAACUACUUGCCGAGCUUCCUUGGGAUGUUGAACAGAUUUAUAAAACUGUAAAAGCAAUGAAGAUGAUUAUCGACAAAUUCCAUGACCACCCUAAAGAAGCAAUUGCAGAUUUGUUGAAGAUGUUUGAUAAGACCGAACGAGCAUUGAAAAAGUUUACAAUCACAAAAAAUCGAAUUGAGAAAAAGCUCACAAACCUAAAAAGUCUUCCCCCAACAUGGUACAAAGACAUCCGACAAGUGGUGGAAGAUAAAAAAGAGAUGAUUAAGGAAGUUGACGAAAUACUUCGUACAAAACUGAAAGAGUGGGCACUUGAGAAUGUACAGCAACGAGAAAUCAUGAGCCUAGUUCGUGGUGCAUUGGCAAAAUUAAAUGAAACAUUGACGCAGCUCAAAGACAUUCCAAAUUCAUUCAAAGAGUCUCUGGAUAUUGUCAAGUCACAUAUGGGAAAGCUAAAUGCGACAGUCGUGAAUGUUUUAAAGAGAGUGGUUGAUAAUGCGCGACAUGAAAUUGAAGACAUCUUUGGUGUCCGGUUUCAUAAAGACUUUCCCAGAAUUUUUCGAGAAAGGAGUGAUACAUGUCCCGAAGAUGGAUUUUAUCCAACCACGAGUUUAGACAGAUACAGCGAAAUUGGCGUUGACCUAAUAAUCAAAAAUAAUCAGCAGGUUGUAGCGCCGCUUUCAGGUAUUCUUUCUGUGAUUGGUGAUGAAACAAUCCAAAUUGAAAUUACUGGUGGAUCAUUGAUUGAUACCAUUUUGACAAUAGAUAAUAUAAAUGUCUACCAACAGUACAUUGACGGUCCAGUUCAGGUUUACAUGGGAGAAAUUAUUGGAAGAGCUUCGGUCUCAAAUUGCCAACCUCACAAUUACAUUCAUGUCGUGAUGAAAAAACUGAACGAUGCUGGUACAGAAUACAUCGACCCAUCGCCCUUCAUGGAAAAGGUUAAACUUGAAUGUCCAUCUUUUGAGUUUGGACGGAACUUAAAUAUAGUCAAGUAUAAGGGAUUUAUCAUCGAGUAUGAUAAUCUUAUCCCGUUUCAUCCAACUGCUGAAGACGCUACUCCACCGAGGGCCUCACCCCCACCGACAGACACAAUUCCAAUAGAAAGCAGUGGCUUGCUGGCUUUGGUUGCAGAUCAAGCUCCGCCAAGUUUUGCAUCUACAAUUGGAUUACCGGAACCAACUGCCGCCGGUCCUCAGUUUGAUCCUUAUAGUUUUAGCGAUAUGUCCAUGUGCUCGGUAAUGGAAGCAAUCAAACUUUUGAAAGACAAUGAACUGAAACAGAAAGUAAUAGACACUUUGAUUGCAUUUAAGGAAGAAAUCGGUGGAUUCAAGGCAUUUCUACCAAAUUCCCUCACCGAUGAUUAUCUUAGAACACUCCUACAGGAACGAGGUUUAUCUAUCAAGGGCGCUAGAGAGGAAUUAUUGGCAAGAUUUGGUCAACCAGAUGAUAUGUGUCCCUUGUUGAUGGUAGCUAUGCAACGGAAUGCUUAUUGCCGUUUCGAGGACCUCUGCUUGGGUGUAGAAUGUCAGAUUCCAAUUGAAGUUAACUCCAAUGUAUAUCCACUGAAGGUUUUUGUGCGAUACCUUCCUGAUACAGAAGAACUUCAAGUUGGACUUGGAGAACACAACAUAAGGAACAUUAUUCCAGAUCCUCUUGAAAUAUCAAAAGAAGUAGUAGUCUUAGAAGGUGGUUGGAAAAAAUUCAACAAAGAACUCAUUGUAAGAUUUUCUGCUGGCUUAGAAAAUGGUGAACUGUAUUUUGACAUGGAGUCACAACUGUGUUCAACUUCGGAUGAUGAUGACUGCGAACCAUUGAAAGAUAUCUUCAAUGAUAUGCUUAUUCCAAUACCAUUUCGUUAUCCUGAUGGUACAUUUGGAUGGAAAGACAUUAAUAUAAAAAAAUAUUUUGCAAGGUCCGCGAUGGAACGAAUAUUUAAUGUCACAGAAAUACCUAAAGAGGGUGUUGUUGAAUAUAUAAAGGAUGAUGUGUUAAGGUAUUGGCAGAAUUUGCUUGACAGCGGUGUAGAAAUUAUCAAUGGUGUUUUGAAUGUUAACGUAAAAAUGAAACUGAAUACGAUGUCAAUCAAAGGCAAUAACGAAGGGAAAUCUGAAGGUGAACGAACUAGCAGAAGAACUAAGGCGCCUUUUAAACUGGAAAAGAUCGCAGAUUCAAUUAACGAAUGCCCAGCAGUAGCAGAACUUCUUGCUGAGAUUGUCCCAGACUUCAGUGUUCUUCCUCGUGGUAUAAAUGGCAGCCUAAGAGCAAUCGGCGGAGGUUUGACGGAGUAUGGAGUUAAAGCAUUUCUUGUUAAAAUUAUGAAUAUGACCAUCCAAGAUUUUGAGGCAACAGUGGAUUUGCACAAUAUUCUGUCAAACAAUAUUCAAGAUGUGAUGACGGCGAUCGUGGAAGAAUAUAAGAAUAAGCUGAUCAGCAAAAUUGAUGCUAAAAUUGGUAAAGCAGUUGACAAGAUUUUGACAGCGAUUGACUAUCGUUUCCAGGCUUGUAAACAUUUUAAAAAGAAAGUGAAAACGUUUUUUGAAUUUGUUUGGGUUCAUAUUUUAGGCGGAAUGGUCCCAAUGAGCUUAAGGUUCAGAGCAUAUGGAUUUGUGGCACCAGGUGCAUGUAUCGAUAUCAGUGUACUCAAGUUCAAAGCUAAGGCCGAGCUCUUUGUUUCUGGUGGCGCUACAUCUGAAGGCAGGGUAUCAGUUGGAUUUGGUCUAUAUGCAUCAAUGGCGUUGACUGGAGAUAUCCUUACGGUUAGAUUACCCAUUGGCAUGGAAUUUCAGUUUGUACGAUCACCAAGCCGAAGGCUGUUUGUUGACAUCGAACUUAUUCCAUUGAUACUGAAACUGGACACAUAUAUUGAAGUUGGAAUAGGCAGGUUCAAGGUAAAGAUUUUCAAAGCAAACCUUUGGGAAUACCAAACAGCGUCCCAAAGAGCAAACAUUUGGGAAAAAGUUACCAUGAAGGAAAAUAAGGAACGACCGGUCAUUGAUCCAGUUUUCGAGCGUAAAACGAAAGCAAGUGAUUCCGGUGAAUGUUUUGUCACACAAGUGCCUGGACUUGACUACACUAACCCAACAUUUGAAUUAAUAUUUAAUGCUCACGACAGUCGCAGUGAAUUAGUAUAUACUUUAGAUGUUGGAACAUUGCCUGGUGGAAGUGACGUAAUUUCAGAUAUGGAACUUGGUGGCGCAGUAACAACUGCCAAUGUUGACAUGAAGGGCGGAGUUCCAUUAUUCUUUACUGUUAAUGUCAAAAGUAAUGAAGGGUUAACAUCAAGAGCAACGUGUAGUAUCCAUACAUAUGACAUCACACUUCCUGCUGGUCGCCUGACACCUGGGUUUUUAUCGACAAGUCGUCCAGACAUUCUCCGAUGUUCUACAUUAGUGUUUGAUGAUUCUGAAACUGCAAGUUUGAGAGAAGCUGUAGGGUUUGGCCCUGGUGAAUGGGGAGAACAGCUUGUGGGAUGGGAUGGACCAAGUGGCUACUGGGUCGAAGCAAAUGCUGCUAACCAGUUUCCGAAUCUAGAAUAUUUCUCCAUCCCUCAAGUUGGCCGACUGGUGUCAGAUCCUGUUGAAUCUAUUACAAAGCAAUACCCGGAUGCAUGCGCUGCUGAAUGCCUCAAACUACCGGCAACAAAAUGCAGAAGUUUCAACUAUGACAUGAGAGAUGGAAAGUGUGAGCUACUAGAGGAAUUAGAAGGAGAUGGGGUAGAACUGCAUCAGUAUGGUUACUUUUAUCACUAUGAACGUUUGGGGCUUGGCCUAGCAACAGACUACACCCACGAAGGACUGAACAUGAAGCAUAAUAAUCUACAUUAUUUCAACAUAGAGGCAAUCAACACAUUGGGCUACAAAAACAUUUUAUCUUCACUUCCAAUUCUUACUGACUUCACAACACCAGAGCCAGGUCUCAUUACCAAUAGGCAACUUGAUGUGACAUUUCACGACAAUUGCACCUCAUUUACACCUGAAGAAUGGGAGAACAGGUGUGUGGAGGAAACAUUCCUACCAAAUCAUCGAAACAUAAUUGACGGUAAAGGGUCGAUGACAGUUUUCAAUGGACAUAUACCACUAGUUGAUGAGAAGUGGACAAGAGCUAAUAGAUACAUUGCAUCAAAUUGGGACGGAAUUCAUGAUGACGAAACUGGGAUAUUUGGGUACACAUGGGCGAUUGGCCAUCACAUGUGUGAUGACAUCAUACACCAUCAUCAUGAUCCUCAUGCUCAUUUGUUUGACGAAUCAGAAUGGACACACAUUGGAUUAGUAAAUGGCCUAAUGCUACCAGAUGAUGAAUACUACAUCACAGUGAGAGGAUUGAAUAAGGUUGCAUUUGGUGGACCUUUGUCGUUGUCCAUCUGCCAUUCACUUCCUCUGGUGAUUGACAACACCUUCCCUUUCAUUAAUGAUAUAUUCGACAUUAGUUAUAAUGAAGACUUGGAGGAGGUUUCUGUAUCAUACAAUGUAAGUGACCCUAACUCUGAGAUUUAUGCGGUGGAUAUUGGAAUAGGAGAAGGUAAAUAUGAUGUUUACCUAAAGGAAUGGGAAAGAUACUAUGACGACAAUACAUCAGUAGUUCCGUACAAGUUGAUAGAUGGCGUCCCAGCAUGGUUGCAGAUAAGAGCAAUUAAUAAUGUGGACCUCCGUUUAGUUGAUCACGCUGAUUCACCACUAAUCGUUGACUUCAGUCCUCCAGUUGCUGGCUACUUCAGAGAUGGGUUUAAUCUUGGUAUUGAUAGUGAUUAUGAAAGUGACGAAACGCAGUAUUGUGCCAAUUGGGUAGAUUUUGCCGACGAGGAAUCUGGUAUUGCUGGUUAUGUUUUGGGAUUAGGAACAUUUCCUGGAUUAACGGAUGUUGCAGAGUUUAUUUCACUUCAAAGUCAUGAUUACAAAUUUUGCAUCAAAGGAUUGCAUCUGCAACAUGGAGUCAAGUAUUAUGGAGUGUUAGCAGCUUUCAAUGGUGGACAUAAGCAUCUCAAUACAACGGUUGCUUCUGAUGGAGUGCUCAUCGAUAAAACGCCACCAGUGGAGGGUGAACUUCUAGACGGCAUAUUGGCGAACAACAUAGAUCUUCAGUAUUCUUCAGCUCCCGCAACAGUAUCUGGCCAAUGGCAAAAUUUUACCGAUCCGGAAUCGGGUAUUGAUGAUUUUGUCAUUAGUGUCUACUGUAGACAUACAUUGAGUGAGGAAUUUGCAGAGUUUGAGGUCAUUCAUGAACCGGAAUCUGUUGGUCCAAAUACGUCAUUUUUUGAAUGGCAUCAUUUCCACCUGAAAGAUGGCGAUGAUGUAUUUAUUGAAUUAGAAGCCAUCAACCAAGCUGGGUUGGCGCUAUCAAAACAAUCUGAUGGCUUUAGGGUUGAUCUUACACCUCCGAUUAUGACGUUCAUUGGAGAUGGAAGUACACCAGGAGAGGAUAUCGAAUUUCAGUCAAAUGAUACUCUCAUUUCGGCAAACUGGAAAUUCAAUGAUCCAGAGUCUGAUAUGAACCACUACAAGUUCUCAGUUUCUGAAACCUAUGGAGGAACCAAGCAUCAAAUAUUUCCAAGCCCCCACACCCAUCCGCUGUUUGUGGAAGUACCUCAAAGUAUGAAUGUUCAUACUGAGGCUGGUCUGACUUUGAAAGAAGGCGGCCUUUAUAACACGCGAAUUGCAGGAGUGAACAAUGCCGGUUUGACGUCACCACACGAAACAAAUGGUGUCAUCAUUGAUCCAUCACCACCACUGAUUUUUAGUGUCAAGGUUGGAGUUAUGGAUGGAGGUGAAGCUGAGGAAUUAUUGUUUGGCUAUGUUUGGCAAAGCGACAAACAAGGGAUCCGAGCUACAUGGAAAGCAGUGGACGCUGAAAGUGGCAUCAUCGCAUAUUGGGUUGCAAUUGGAACUCAACCAGGAUCAGGUGAUAUUCAGCAAUUCAUAAGCAUGGGACCGGAUGAAUCAGCGUACAUCAAUGGACUUAAUCUUACACUAACUGAUGCAAAUACAUGUUCAGAUUUUGAAUUCCUAGAAUCUUGUCAACCAGUUUAUUACAUCACCGUAAUGGCAGAAAAUGGGGCACGUUCUUUUAGUGAAAAAGUUAUCUCAUCACCAAUCCGAGUUGUUGAGGCUGAUAAAAUAGGAAUGGUUUGGGAUGGAACUGAAACUGAAAUCAUUGAUGGGAGAUUGAUUGUUGCACAUGAUAUUGAUGCUCAGAUGCAAGAAACAGAACUGUUUGCAAUAUUCCAUGGUUUUGAGAGUCAACUGGAUGGACUUGCUGCAUACGAAUGGGCAAUCGGUACUGAGCCUCGUUUUGAUGAUGUACAACCAUUUUCACAAGCAGGACUUGUUUUAUACAAAGAUCCAAACCAAAUGGGAACAGGUCUUCCCGGUUCAGGACACGCAUACACUACCAUUACUCUUGAGCAUGGUGUAAAGUAUUACGUCACAGUCCGCUCAAUCACUGGUGCUGGAAACGUUCUCGAAGCAGUGUCAGAUGGUGUAAUAGUUGACCAAACUCCUACUGAGAUACAUUCUCUAACUUUCGGACUUCCCGGUGAAAAUAAUACCGAGACCCUCAAUUCUGAAGUUACAAUAUAUUCAAAGACAGAUGAUGAACUUUUAGCUAGUUGGCAAAUGGCAGACAUUGAAAGUGAUGUCAUCAGUGUUGAGUAUUCAUAUGGGACGUAUCCACUUGGAAGUGACUUGAGCAAAAAGGCAGAGAUACUUAACACUACUACAACUGCCAGUGUUUUCCAAAUGCCUAUUGGGAAAGGCUUGUCAAAUGUCCUAAACAUCUAUGUUACAAAUUCAGCAACACUACGUACAGAAACAGUGUCGAGUAGUAUCGUUGUGGAUAUCAACCCACCUGGAGACGGAGAGGUGUUUUGUCCAGAGUACAUCAGUGAGAGAAAGAUUAAAUGUUCAUGGGCUGGUUUUGUGGAUGUUGAAUCGGGUAUUGAAACGUAUUCUUUCUCCAUUGGGACACAAGUUGGUGCAAAUGAUGUUUACUUUGCCAAUGAGAUUCCUGGAUAUGCAGAUGCAUUUUUAGUUGAGGGUUUUGGUAGCGGACCUCUUAGUUCUUUCCAAUCCUUCUAUGUGACAAUAGCAGCAUUCAAUAAAGUCGGAUUGUCAACAACAGCAUUCUCUGAUGAGAUCAAGGUUGAUAGUUCUCCACCAAUCCCAGGGCUUGUUAUAGAACUUUGUGACGUUAGCGUUUUAUCACAUAAUGGAUCUGAGGAUUCAAUUAGUACGUCUGCACAAUAUAUUUGUGAUGAUGAGAAUGACGAUGAAGAUUGUCAGAGACAAGACGCUGUAUGUCAGACAUCGCUCACUACGGUUGCAGUUGCUUGGCAACCAUUUAUUGAACCAGAGUCAUACAUUACAAGUUAUGAAAUUGCCAUAGGAAGUGAGAUGGGAAAAGCGGAUAUCUCAAAUUUUCAAUUGGUCUCGCCAUAUAUAACUCACUAUGAAAUCACUGGUUUAGACCUAAGUGAAGUUCGACAGGUCUUCGUAAUGCUUAAGGGAACAAAUGCUGCUGAACUGUCUGCCGUUGCUAUGUCAAAUGGUGUCUUCAUAAGUCGCGUUUCUAGUGGACUUGAGCCUCUCGGAAACCCGAUAGUUAACGACGGAAAUUCAACAGCUGAAGACAUUGACUUCCAAACGGAUGCUUACGAACUCAGAGCCACAUGGAACUUCAAUGGUGAUCCUUGCCCAAUUAUAAAAUAUGAAUGGGCUAUUACAAGGAUAGAUGGGGUGGUGAUACAAGACUUUAAAUAUGUUUCAACCAAAUUAUUGGCAAUGAAAGAUGAUAUGAACAUGCUAGAUGGAGAGACAUACUACAGCACUGUGCGUGCUACCAACGCACUAGGCUAUGUACAAACGAUUAGGACAGACGGCUUGACCCUUCGCUUACAACCGAUACUACCAGGCCGUGUGUACGAUGGUAGCGUGAUCGGAUUUGAUUUAAAUGAGCAAGCAUCCAUUACAACUCUUUCAGCCAAUUGGGAUGGCUUUGGUGGUGAGGAUCAGGACAAUGAUGUCAUUAUCCAAAAUGGUUAUAUUAGCAGUUCAAAGCAACUAAUUGAAUAUUACACCAUUGCUAUUGGAACCGAUCGCCGAUAUCCUAAGACACGAGACAAUAUUGUGCCGUUUACAAACGUGAAGUUGAACACCGUCUGGACUUUUACUGAAUUAGAAUUAGUACCAGAAGCGGCGAUAUACUACGCCACUGUUCGCGCUUAUGGUGGCAAGCUGGCAUUUGCCGAAGUUACAUCAAAUGGCAUCCGUGUUGGAAAUGGUCUUGGAGUUAAAGGUGGUGAACUCGAAACUAAGAAUUUUAUCAAUCAAGUUUCUGAAGUAUCAUUUUCUUGGUCCAACUUCCGGUCAGAGCAGCCUAUGUUUUUCUACAUGUACGGGAUUUCAAGUGAUCAGAAUUCCACAGUAGUUGAAUGUGACAUAUUUCAAGAGAUGACUAAUGGUAAAUGUACAACUGAUGCAUGUACAAAGGUAGAAUCCUUGUUUGAUAUUGUUAGUAUUACCAACGCCGGAAAAAACACGUAUGCUGAAUCAACUUCUCUUCAUUUGGAACAUGACAGCACUUACUACACCGUUGUUUUUGGAACCGACGAAGCUGGACAAUGUAACAAAACCAGUGAACAUUUCAAAGUUGACUUGACAAAGCCUGUUGAAGGAAAAAUGAGACUUGAAAACAACCCACAUGUUCCCGUUGAUUUUCCUGUUUGGUUUACCGCUGAUUCGACAAUGUUAACAAUUCACUGGAGUGAAUUUGAAGAUCCAGAAAGUCAGAUUGACUAUUAUGAGAUUGAACUAUUGGUGGCACCGUCUUGCAAGGCUGGCGAUGAAGAAGUAUUAACAACAGUUGUGGAGGCAGUUAAAUUGGAAGCGUCCUAUACUAGUUACAAUUUUUAUCAUCUAAAUCUGCAGCCACUGAGUCCAUAUUACGUUAAACUGACAGCAACCAAUAGGGCAGGCUCAUCUGUAAACAUUUUAUCGUCUCCAAUAAUUUUUGACGAUUCCAGACCAACCGCAGGCCUAGUGGUUGAUGGUCUCGAUUUUCUGAACGACAAAUCACACAGCAGCUUCGUUGAUCACAUGCCAGGUUCUUUCAUCUUUCUACCGGACCCAAACAUCGAAGCAUGUCCCGAUGAGUACGCACCAUUUGAUGACGAUUUAUGGAAAAUAAUUGAAAGUAAAAGCAUUUGGAAUAUGGAUGGAAAUGAUUGGAAAAUUAUUUACAAUAUAGAACAGGUCAAAGUGACCAAUUCUGUUAAUAUUACACUGAAGAUGGAAACUGAUAUACAGAAGGAAGACGUGUUAUCUGGUGCUGUGUACAGGCAUGUUGACAUUGGUAAAGGUGGAACAUUUAAGAUGGAUAUAAAAGCUGCUCCUCAAAAUAUACCUGCCAUCACAAGUGUGGUAUUUUGGGAUGGUCCUGACGGUGUCGUUGGCGAUUUCAUUGUUCCAACAGUAGAAGAGGAACCGUGUUCAUGUUGCUAUGAAGAAAGUAAUGGGACUAAUUGCGACUGUGAUUGUUCAAUGGUUGGAGUUACCACCACAACACGCAAAAUAACAACUUUAAAAGCAACGACAGUUCCGUGGGAGAUAGUCAAAGAUGAUGGGAGUGACGGUGGUGAGGAUCACAAAAAACAGACGGAUGUUGAACAAGCAUGUGGCCUUCAGUUGUAUGCUGAGGCAGAAUUGUCAUCAGCAACAUUAUGGUGUAGAUUUUACCAGGAUGAAAUGGAUAUUUUGUACAACAUCUAUGACUUAUCUUUUGAUCCGUCCAAAGACUGGCAUCAUUAUGAAUUUACCUUCAAAGAAGAAUAUAAUGCUGAUCCAACAAAGAUUGGCUUCACGUUUCAACUGUCUGUGGAUGGAAAUCCUCUCGGAGAUUUAUCUGGUGUACCACGUUUGUCCAACAACACAAAGCUGACCUUGCAACUAUGGAACGAUGAAAACUAUGUUCCCGAGUUUACUGAUCCGUUCGAUAUUCCGACAACUUCGGCAGAGUUUGCAAAUAUUAGACUUCCUCCUCCAAGUGAAAACCUUUGUCGUUAUGGCAACCCAUAUAGAGGCGGUAUUGCUCCAACUGUAAAGUUUCUUGCUGGUAUUGGUACCGAACCAAAUAUUAUUGAUGUACAUGAAGAAGUUGAGGUUUUUGAUCCAUGCUAUCCAUGUCACCAUGAAUGCCAUCGGUAUUUUUGCGACCCACUUUGCCGUGCAGAUGAAACAUAUCUUGGACAGUUUACCAUUGAUCAUUUGGAGCUUGAGGAGAUGCGAUGGUACACUGAUUCAAAUGGGACUGAUGAAUAUCUUCCAGCAAUUUACUUUCUACGAGUUGAAGAAAUUUUAGCAAAUGGUAUGUCGACAAACUAUUCUUCUGACGGUGUUACCAUUGAUACAACGCCACCAGAGCUUGAAUACAUGAGUUACUAUGAUGUGAACCUUGACGAAAAUCAACCUGUGUCUGCCCAAUCUUCAAACUCUACCAUCAAAGCAUCAUGGGACUUUCUAGACCAAGAAAGUCUAGUUGUGGAAUAUUAUUGGGCCAUCGGUACAACUCCUGGAGGAACAGACCUGCAGAAAUUUGUUUACCUCGGGAAUGUAAAGGAAGGAACAAAUACUGAUUUAGAAGGCAAUUUACAUAAUCGUGAAUGGUACUAUGUAACGGUAAAAGCUGUCAAUGGAGCAGGCCUUGUAAAAGUGCAAGAAUUCCACGGUGUCUUGGUUGUUUUUGAUCAUCCAAAUGUUGACGACGUUGAAGAGUAUCAAAUGUAUGUACAAAGCGUAAAUAACCAUCCUGCUUAUGUCAGCUCUGAACAAUCAAAACUUGGUUUGAGUUGGACAUCAGCAGGCGACAUAUCAGUUGCUGAAUAUCGAUACUGUGUUGGUAGCUCUGUUGAUAAAGCUGAUGACAUCAUACCGUGUAUCACAAUGUCCAAUGACGGAGGUGCGUCAGUUGAAAUUUAUGAUGGACAAAUUUUUAUUGACGGUGAGGUCUACAGUGGCAUAAGUGAUUUCAGAACACCAAACGAAGAUGGAACAAUUCCAGGAAAUAACAGAUUAUUCCUGGAACCAGGAAAGUGCAUUUUUACAACUCUUUCAAUUUGUAACGAGGCAUAUACGUGUGUAAAUCGGACUCUUAAUUCAACAAACAUUUUAGGUGAUGAGGAUACAAUUAUUUCAUCUGAUGAUGGAAGUGAUUUUAAGAUAUCAUGGGGAGAAGACGAGAAAGUUCUUACGGUGGAACCUGAAGCUGUCGUGCACUCAGCGGAUGAGAAGUUCAGUCUCGAAAUAUCAUCCACAGGAGGUUUGGAACCUGGUGAUUCAAUGUUGUUUGGAGUGUUGUCAAGUGAAGAUUUAGACAAGGAAUAUACAUCCGAUGCUACCGCAGAUUACGUUCCAUAUAUUGUUAAUCCAUUGUAUACGAUAGAACGAACACAGCGCCACCUACGAAAAAGAAUUAAGGCUGUUUAUGAACCAAGCUUUUAUCUCUCACCGCUUGGUCAGGCUGAACUCAACGGACCAUUGAACAUCAAAGUGAAAUUUAAGGCGUCUCCAGAUUGGAAGCAUCAAUCUCCUUACCUGAUCUAUUGGAACAAAGACGAAGGUCAAUGGGACGAUGCUGGACUUACUUGUUCUGAUGAAUUUACUCAAGUCGACUAUGAAGCAGGAGAGAUAUCAGUGAUGGUCUGUGCUACCGAUGGAUCCUCUAUCGAAUCAAGUAAUAGAAGACGGAGAGACACGAACGCAGAUGACUUACAGUCUUAUUUCAGUAAAGAAACACUCUUUACUAUUGCACUUGUGGACGUGAAUAUAUACAACGAACCACCAAUAAUAUUGAUGGAGGAUGUGCUUAAAAUGCAUGAGGAUGCAGGAAUUCUCGAAUAUCAGAUAUACGCCACAGACUCAGACGAUGAUCCAGUUGUUUUCCAGCUCGAUCCGAAUUAUCCAGUAACCGAACUUGGAGAAAUCGUGGAACUAAGUGUAGAUGGUGUCUUUAAAUUUAAACCCUGCCUUGAUUGUUAUGGAAAUGCAUAUAUAUUUAUAAAGGCUGUCGAAACUCCUGAAAGUCAGUUUGUGGAGCCAUUAACCUCUACCAAAGCCUUUGAGGUGGACAUAUCGUCUAGACAAGAUCCACCAGUCGUCUAUUUUUGUACAAGGAAAACAUCUGAUACACCUGCUGUAGACGAAAGAUUUUAUCAGCUAACAAUGGAAGAGAAUACAGACACAAACGUUGCUUAUCAGGAUUUGAUUGGUUAUGUUGGUGCUUAUGACGUAGAUAUGGAUGACGUAUUGCACCUUAUGUUUCAAACUCCAACUCAAGGUCAGUUUCAUGUGAAACCACCAGAAAGAGAAGACCCGUCAACAUCUGGGGCUCUUACAGAAUGCCGCAUCCAGUACCCUCACUCAACGGGUGCAAUGGCUUGGGUGUGGACAGAGGUUACCUACAAGCCUAACAAAGGUUUCUAUGGCUCAGACUAUUUGUCCGUAUUUGCACGUGACCAAGCUGACUUAUAUUCAAAGGUUCUUGAGGUUGAUAUUGCAGUUAUGAAGAAUCCUUGUACUAUACAUGGCACAUGUCAUGGUGUAGUGAAUGACACAAACUGUGAAGAUCCUAGACGUAAAAAUAGUUUUGAUGGAUACAGUUGCUCAUGUGCUACCGGAUGGGUAGGAGAUUUCUGCGAACUCGAUCUUGACGAAUGCGGAGUAGGCGCCCCAUGUACAAGCCCGUACAUUUGCAUAAACGAACAAGGCAGCUUUCGAUGCACUUGUCCACCUGGGAAACCAAACUGCGAUAUGAAAGUGUGGGUUAUAUGUUUAAUAAGCCUUACGAGCGGCGCUGUUUUCUUUGGAAUUCUGGCAGGUAUUGUUUGGUGGUGGAAAAAAAAGAACAAUAAAAUUCACAUUUCGGAAAAUCUAGAGGGUGACGAAAACACACCAGCACCGGAUAUAUCAAACCAUGUUGAGAUGGAUACAUUCGUGGCUAACAGUAUUGAAGAUACACAAAAUAUUGAAACUCCUCUUCAAAAUGGCACCGUAGAUAUCCCUGAUGCAGAGGAAGAUGGUACAUAUGACUCGGAAGAAGGUUCAGUAACUGAUGGUGAUAUACCAACAACAGAUGAUAUACCGGCAAACCUCGACUUGAAUCACUCGAUCAGUAGUCUUCUUGCUGAAGAUGAAUUUAUGCCGAAGUUAUUUGCAUCCUCUGAGGAAAGCCCACAGGAGCCAAACCGGCCUAAUAGUGCUGCAAGAAACCAAGUUUCUCCACUUCCAUUCGGAAUUGAUGGUGAUGGAGCGAAUGGACGCGAGGACGCAAGGAGUCAAACGCCUAAGAUUAAUAAUUGGAUUGUUUAAUGGAGUUAUAAUGAUAAGCAGUUUGGUUAAUGAUUUUGCCUUGUAGGCCUAUUACAGUUACUCUGUGUGUUCAGUGAGAAAAAUAAGAAAUUACAUACAAUAAGGUAUCCAUUAAUAUCUGCUUAUAGAUCAAUCAUUAUUAAGACUACAUUUUGAACAUUUUUUAAUGUAUUCGCACACAAUUUCUACUCCAAUCAAUCGAAACUUAAGUAACGGUUCAUGGAGAUUCACCGUUUUCAUCGUUUCACCUAUAUAUAAAAUUAAUAUAUUAAAUUCCCAAAUAUGUAGAAUUUCAACAAUCUAAUAAUAAACCCUGCAAAGAAUCAAAAUAUCAUUUGGUACAUAUUUCUAUUGCUGUCAAUUUCUGCAUGAUGCAAAUACGAAAGCAGUAUAUGAAGAGGUAUCCUCGCUCAUAUAAAGUAUAAGACUAAGCACAUACCACCUCGACUUACUAAUUCUUUAAGGUAAAGGUAUAACGCUCAAAGUAUCCGUUUGGGAUAUUAUACAUGUAUGUAUUUUUCUUAAGUGGGUCCUUUGACAGGUAUCACUUUUCUUCAUGAUAGCUUUAGGAGCAGUUAUUACAAUUGAAUAAUAGAAUAGACACCAGUACAUGAUACAAUUUAAGUUUCAGAUCCAUAGAAAUAAAGUUGCAUAUCUUUCGUAGUUUAUACAAGUGAACCCAAUGAAUAUAAUUACCACAUCAUUAUGCCUUUUUAUUAUCAUUGUUAUUGUAGAGAAUUUUAAAUAUAAAAGGUUUGUGCAUAGAGGAAUAAUACCUCUAUAGUAUAUGUUAGUAACAUUUAUGUUUGCGGUGCAGGUAUUGUUUUCUCUACUGACAACGAAAUUGUUAUUAUUUUGAUUCAAUAUAUCUAAUUAUAAUUGAUUAUAGUAUGUACUAAUUCAUACCUCUAAUGCCGAUUUUAUGUUUUCAGUAUAGAAACACUUGAAUAAAACUUAUAUUCUUCAUUGCUUAAA